AUGGAUUUCAUUGAAGGUUUACCUCUAUCCAACAAAAAAGAUGCCAUUCUUGUGGUAGUUGACAGGUUUACCAAAUACAUCCACUUCACUGCACUCGCUCACUCAUUUACAUCUACUAUUGUGGCUCAAGAGCUUCUCUCACAUAUGUAUGACAUGACAUCAUCCAAAGAAUUGGUUCAAGUGGCUGCCACUAGCACUAGCCUAAACAUGACCCCUUUUAAAGAUCUAUAUGGUUAUUCCCCACCUCAUAUUGCUUUCCCAAAUGAGGUACUCACUUCAGUAGCCGAUGUGGAAGAUUACAUUCAACAAAGGGAUGCCAUGCUGGAACUUUUACAAGAUUCUCUCCAUAAGGCCCAAGAAAUGAUGAAGUUAUAUGCAGAUAAGAAGAGAAUUGAUAGGACUUUUGAAGUUGGUGAUUUGCUCUCAGCUCUCUACUACGACCCAUUUCCUGUGCUUGCUAAGGUUGGUAUUGUCGCAUACAAACCCCAACUUCCCUCUUCUUCUCAGAUACAUCCUGUCUUCCACGUAUCCCAGCUGAAGAAGCGCAUUGGUGAUGCUGCUAUUACUGCGUCAACACUGCCACAGACUGAUGUUGUUGGUGAAAUAAUGCUCAAACCUAUAGCCAUGUUGGGCACUAGAGAAAUCUCUUGA